UACAAAAGCAUUUCACGUCGUCUUCAGCAUUAAGAUCGUAGACGGUGAAGUGUAAAGAUCGUCUGGAUUAAAUCUCCAGAUAAAGUUACUUAUUGUGGAAGUCCCUUUGAGGUUUAGAAAAGUAAUUUCGUUUUUAAAUCUUCGUGUCAAGUGAAUUCUUAAAUCAUGAGUCGACCAAUUUCCGAUAUUGACAAACGCAAGCAGAUUUCCGUCCGUGGAAUCGCUCAAGUUGAGGAUGUCGGUGAAGUGAAGAAAGGUUUUAAUCGCCAUCUCCAUUUUACCUUGAUUAAGGAUCGUAAUGUGGCAACGCCUCGUGAUUAUUACUUCGCUUUAGCUCAUUGCGUUAAGGAUCAUUUGGUUUCCAGAUGGAUUCGUACCCAACAACAUUACUUUGAAAAGGACCCAAAGCGUGUCUAUUAUCUGUCGUUGGAAUUUUACAUGGGACGAUCACUUACAAACACGAUGAUCAACAUCGGCCUUCAAGGGACCGUCGAUGAAGCUCUCUACCAAAUGGGAUUGGACAUUGAAGAAUUGGAAGACAUGGAACAAGAUGCUGGCUUAGGUAAUGGCGGUCUUGGUCGUUUAGCUGCAUGUUUCCUUGACUCAAUGGCAACAUUAGCAAUGCCAGCUGUCGGAUAUGGUAUUCGCUACGAUUACGGUAUCUUUGCUCAACGAAUCCGCAAUUUCGAGCAGACUGAAGAGCCCGACGAUUGGCUUCGUUUUGGAUGUCCAUGGGAGAAGGCUCGCCCCGAAUAUAUGAUUCCAGUUAACUUCUUCGGACGUGUCUUGGACACACCUGAUGGCAAACGUUGGGUUGACACUCAAAUUGUUUACGCAAUGCCAUACGAUAAUCCAAUUCCUGGCUAUAACAACAACGUCGUCAACACCAUGAGAUUGUGGAGUGCCAAGUCGCCAAUUGAAUUCAACUUGAAGUUCUGUAAGUGUCAAAAAUUUAAUUUAUUACUUUUUAUUUAUUUUCUUGCCUUCUCUCUUGUAGUCAAUGAUGGUGACUACAUUCAAGCUGUGUUGGAUCGUAAUUUGGCUGAAAAUAUUUCUCGUGUUUUAUAUCCAAACGACAACAUGUUUGAAGGAAAGGAAUUGCGUUUGAAACAACAAUAUUUCCUAUCAGCUGCAUCACUCGCUGACAUUAUUCGUCGAUUUAAGACAUCUAAAUAUGCACAAGCAAAGAAUCCACGUGAUGCGAUGAAGACUAUGUAUGAGAAGGUUGCUGUGCAACUUAAUGACACUCAUCCAUCGAUUUCCAUUCCUGAAUUGAUGCGUGUUCUUGUCGAUGAAGAGAAAUUAUCAUGGGACGAAGCAUGGAACGUCACAACGAAAGUUUUCUCAUACACAAAUCACACAGUUUUGCCAGAAGCUUUGGAAAGAUGGCCAACAUCGCUUUUGGAGUCGAUGUUGCCUCGUCAUCUCGAGAUUAUUUAUCACAUCAACUUCCUGUGGUUGAAAGAAGUUGAAAAGAAUUUCCCAGGAGACAUGGAUCGUCUUCGCCGAAUGUCGAUGGUGGAAGAAGACGGCGAGAAGCGAAUCAACAUGGCACGUUUAUCAAUUGUUGGUUCACAUGCUGUUAAUGGUGUCGCUGCAAUCCACACAGAAAUUCUUAAACGCGACUUGUUCCGUGACUUCUUUGAACUUUCACCCGACAAGUUCCAAAACAAGACAAAUGGAAUCACACCAAGACGUUGGUUGUUGUUGUGUAAUCCUGGAUUAGCUGAUUUGAUUUGUGAGAAGAUUGGCGAUGAAUGGCCCGUCCAUUUAGAUCAAUUGGCGCAGUUGAGGAAAUGGGCUAAGGAUCCAACUUUCCAACGUGCUGUCGCGAAAGUCAAGCAAGAGAACAAAUUUAAACUUGCUUCGAUCUUGGAACACGAUUAUGGUGUGAAAGUUAAUCCAUCAUCGAUGUUUGACAUUCAAGUUAAGAGAAUUCACGAGUACAAACGACAAUUGUUGAAUCUUCUUUAUAUCGUCACAAUGUACAAUCGCAUUAAACGCGACCCAACAGCAAACUUCGUUCCACGUACUGUCAUGAUUGGUGGCAAAGCCGCUCCUGGCUAUUACAUGGCUAAGAAGAUCAUUCAAUUGAUCAAUAAAGUUGGCCAUGCUGUCAACAACGAUCCAAUUGUUGGUGAUAAGUUGAAAGUUAUUUUCUUGGAGAAUUAUCGUGUGACAUUAGCUGAGAAGAUUAUGCCAGCAUCAGAUUUGUCGCAGCAAUUGUCAACAGCUGGAACAGAAGCUUCUGGUACUGGAAACAUGAAGUUUAUGUUGAACGGUGCACUCACAGUUGGCACACUUGAUGGUGCAAACGUUGAAAUGGCCGAAGAAAUGGGAAAUGAAAACAUUUUCAUCUUUGGCAUGAAUGUCGAUGAAGUUGAAGCCAUGCAGAAGCGGGGAUAUAACGCUUGGGAUUAUUACAAUAAGAAUUCUGAAUUGAAGCAAGUUAUUGAUCAAAUUUCUGGUGGAUAUUACAGUCCCGGAAAUCCCGAUGAAUUCAAAGACGUCACUAACAUGUUGAUGCAAUAUGAUCGCUUCUUGACUUUCGCUGACUUUGAUGAUUAUGUUAAGAAGCAAGAUGAAGUUUCUGCAACUUAUCAGAAUCAAUCGAAAUGGCUUGAAAUGGCAAUUCACAACAUUGCAAGCAGCGGAAAGUUCUCCAGUGAUCGCACUAUUAGUCAAUAUGCUCGCGAAAUUUGGGGUGUCGAGCCAUCAUUCGAAAAGUUGCCGAAUCCACAUGAAGUUAUCGCUUAAAUCAUCUUUACAAAUAUUUUUUUCUUUCUUUCUCCAUUCUAAUUGUCAAGUGUUCAAUCUAACUUGAAGAUGCUAAGCCAGAUAAUUGCUUGUAACUUCUCUAUUAAUUAUUGAAUAAAUUUACGAAUUAUAUUUGCGAGUUAAUUGUGCGUUU